AUGGCUGCGGAGGACGGAGGGGCGAGGGUGCUGGGCCGGGAGAAGCAGGGAAAUGACCGAUUCUUUUUGUUUCUUUUAUCUUAUUUUCGUCCUUCUACUCUUUGUCACCGCAAACGUCGUUCGCAUUUUGGGACGGGAUCACGUCGGAGCCAAAAGCGGCAGCCCAAAGCAGCACCCCAAAGCGGCACCUCAGCCGCCUACCCAAUUUGUCAUACCCGCAAAACGGACGGUGCCUUGUCUUGGGUUGUGGUGCACCUGCACCUGCUGGGGCACUGUCACAGCCGGCGAAUCCAUCCGGCCCGUCUGUCAACGCUGAAGCAAGACGCGACAGUCGUUUGCCUCCCGCACCAGCCAGGUCCCAGCGGCCACUGCGGCGCUUGUCAGCUACAUACGGCGCCAUCCAAGGCUCUCGACCUGCAGACAAACAGACGGCGCGGCCGCAGGUCACGCAUCACCCCUGACGCUGGCCACGAAUUUUAG